ANUAGUAUUAGUUUUAUUUCUUUUUGAUAAAGAAAUUAGAUGGGAUCAGGGAAGAAAUCUGAAUUCUUGUAUUUAGUUCUUAUAAUAUUUAUACUAUUUUAUUUUAGUAAUUUCGAACACUCAAAAGGACAACCAAAAAAUCCAAAAAAAAUAAAAAAACAUAAAAAAAUCACCUUAACAAAAAUUUAUUUUCACGUGUUCAGAAAUUUUAUUUAUUGUAAUUGCUGCGGAACAAAGAUAUAACGCAUAAAAUAUUUGUAUAGCAUUUCUAAAGAAUUUUAUUAAUUUAUUAAUUUAUUUAUAAAAAGAAAAAUCAUUUAAUAAUGUUUGUUAAUGAUCCUGAAGGUGUCGAUAAAGAAAUUGUUGAAGAGGAAGCAAAGCAUUUACGAAAAGUUUUGAAUACUUUUACUUUAUAUAAGUCACAUGCCUUAACUUCUAAUAAUCGUCGUAGAACGGAUUAUUAUGCUUUGCCGGAGCGGCAUAAGGCUUUAAUACCCGAUUAUUUAACCAAGUUAAAUAAGGUAGACCAUGCAAUUUCAAAAAAUUAUCAUGUACUAAAACAGAUACUAUCUGAUGGUAAAUUAUUUGUUGGUGACGAAUAUAAAGGUAGUUCCAAUAAUGAUAAUGAUGAUAAAGAACAAGUAACAGAAUAUGAUAUGGAUAAAUUAAGGAGCACAAUUAAACAAUUUGUAAGAGAAUGGGCGAUUGAGGGAAAACCUGAGAGAGAUGCAACAUAUAAACCUUUACUUGACGCGUUAAAUGAGUUUUUUAAAGAUGUUUCAAAAGAGGAAAGAGCACCUAUCCGUGUCUUAGUUCCCGGAGCUGGAUUAGGGCGUUUAGCAUUUGAUAUCGUACAGCAAGGAUUUAGCUGUCAAGGAAACGAAUUUUCAUUUUACAUGCUAUUAGCAUCUCAUUUUAUAUUAAACAGAAUUGAGAGAGUUCACCAGCAUGAAAUUUAUCCGUUCAUUCAUUCUUUCUCCAAUAUAGUUUCCUCAGAUGAUCAAUUAAAACCUAUCUUUAUACCAGAUAUAUUACCUAGCAGCAUUCCGCCAGAUUCCAAUUUUUCAAUGGUAGCGGGUGAUUUUGUUGAAGUUUAUGGAGAGGAACAACAUAUAGAAAAAUGGGAUUGCAUUGUCACUUGCUUUUUCAUUGAUACAGCUAAGAAUAUUUUAGAAUAUAUUGAAAUAUUUCACCGAAUCCUAAAACCCGGAGGGCUAUGGAUUAAUAUUGGUCCGUUAUUAUAUCAUUAUGAAAAUUCUCCUGGCGAAAUGUCAAUCGAAUUAAGUUUAGAUCAAGUUAAAUGCGCCAUAAAAGAAACUGGAUUUCUAUUUCAGGAUGAAAAGAUCAUAAAUACUACUUAUACUUCAAAUCCAAAUGGGAUGUUAAAAUAUGUUUAUGAAUGCUCUUUUUGGACUUGUGUUAAGCAAUGAAAAGAAAAUAAACUGAAUUUUUUAAUUAUUUAUUUAUUCAUUAAAAAAAAAAACUAAGCAUAUUUAGCAUAUUUAUAAAAUAGAUAACUUUUUA